AUGCCGGAGUAUCAGACAUAUGACCUUGGCGACUUCAAGCUUCAAGGUGGUGGGACCCUACCAGGAGCAUGGCUUGCAUACAAGACCUUUGGCGACAAGAGCUCGCCGGCAGUGCUGUACCCCUCCUGGUAUUCUGGUCUCAUCUCGGACAAUGAAUGGUUGAUCGGCGAGGACAAGACAUUGAACCCGAAGAAAUACUUCAUUAUCAUCACAGCUCUGUUCGGUAACAGCCAGUCCAUCUCGCCCUCGAACUCCAAGAUUGCGCCGUUCCCAGACGUCACCUUCUACGAUAAUGUCAAGGCACAGCAUCAGCUGCUGACAGAAGGUUUGGGCAUCAAGCAUCUGCGAGCUGUGACUGGAUGGUCUAUGGGCGCCGCUCAGUCCUUCCAAUGGGCUACACAGUAUCCGAACUUCAUGGAUAUUUGUGUUCCAUUCUGCGGAAGUGCAAAGACAUCGUUGCACAAUCAAGUCUUCCUGGAAGGUGUAAAGUCAGCCCUACUUGCGGCGAAGAAGACUUCGUCUGCGGGAUCCACCUUUGGUAGAGUCGAAAGUAAGGGCUCCGAGGCUCGAACAUGGACAGACGAGGAGCGUACAGUUGGCCUCAAAGCAUUUGGAAGAGGCUAUGCUGGCUGGGGCUUCAGCCAGGCCUUUUAUCGCGAGAAGCUGCACGAGAAAUCGUAUGGCGCGAAAGACCUCGAGGAUUUUAUGGUCACCUUCUGGGAGACCUGGGCCCUCAGCAAGGACCCGGAGAAUCUACUGGUCAUGCUGCACACGUGGCAAGCAGGAGACGUGUCUAAACAAGAGCCGUACAAUGGAAACUUCGAGCAGGCGAUGGCCGCGAUCAAGGCCAAAACACUUGUGCUGCCAUCCAAGACGGAUCUGUACUUUCCACCAGAAGAUUCCGAGUAUGAGGUCAAGAACAUGUCUCCUGGCGUAGGAGAGCUGGAUGUCUACCCAUCUAUCUGGGGCCAUUGGGCCGGUGGUCCCCCCGGAAACAUGGAGGAUGUAAAGUGGCUGGAUGAGAGAUUGGCACGGUACUUUGCGGAAGCUCCUAAGCGUGAUGGGACAGAAGAGGUCACCGACAAAAUGAAGAAAGCUGAGGUGUAG